AUGCUCCUCCCCGGGGAAGCGCUGGACGCGACAGACGCAGCAUGUGUGCUCCGGGCCCGCGUGCCAACCCUCCAACGGGCGCUGGCGUUCGUGCGGGGGCCGUUCCGCAACGCCUUGCGCAAAGCUCUGGAGCUGAUCCGAGAGGACAAAGCAGACGAGACAGGAGCAGCGAGAGGGUGGAAGCUGUUCCUCCUGCUCCCACGACUGCUCUUGAGGAGAGAGGCGGGGCAGCAAAGGACCCCCAAGGAGCAACUCUUGGAGAGGUUCACCCGCCUCGAGGCUGGAGACUGGGCGCAGCGCCUGACAGAAGCACAGCCGGGCCUGCCGCGCAGGCCGCCCGAGCGAGAUGCGAACGGGCAGAACAGGGCGCCCGAGGCACGACGGGGCCGGGCGCCAGACGAAAACGACGAGCUCCGCAGCCGCUGCGAGAGGGUCUCGGCGGCGCGGCAAGCGCUGACAGCGAGCGCGGUGGCACCAGGCCUCGCCAGCCUGGAACCAGACCGCCCCCUCACGAACGUGCGCAGGAGUCGCCGGGGCGCUACGCCGUGCCCCUCAGGGAUGACGACGGGAGCACACCUGCAGACGCUGCUGGACGACUGGCACUGCUGCGACCUCCUGCACCGCGCUGCCACGCGCCUCGCGGGUGCGGAAACUCCUCGCCCCGUGGCAGAGGCCCUCCGGCUCGGCCGCCUCACGGCGCUGCGCAAGAGCAACAGGAGGGCGCGAGGCAUCGUGACUGGCGAUGUCUUCAGGCGGCUGGUGGCCCUCACACUGGCGCAGCAAGUGGACGAAGAGGUCGAGCAGGCGACUGCCCCCAUCCAGUUCGACUUCUCGACCGGAGCAGGCACAGAAUGCGUGGCGCACCUCGCGCAGACUCUCACCAGGGGCGACUCGGCUGCCACGGUGGUUUCCGCAGACGAAAUCGGGGCGCCCGACCUCGUGUCCAAAAAUUCGAUGCUCGAAGGCUUCGCAAACCUGGGCAGGGGUAGCGCGCUGCUUCCCUUCUGCCGCUUCUUCCACGGGGAAAAGUCCAAGGCAUACCCCGGCUCGGGGCUCUCGACACACGGCUUCGCCGCGCCCAACUGGCACGACUUUGCGCAGGGCGCCCAGCCACCGCCGACGCACGAACGGGCGCACGGCCGGCAGUUCUGGGCUGCGGACGAGGACGGAGUCCAGCUCGCCGUCGCGCGGGGCCGGAAGGAAGCGACCUACCCCGAGCUCAUCGGGUCGAGGGCGUUCGCGGCCACGCUGCUGGAGCUGCCGCCGCACACCCUGGCCGUCGACGGGGACGAGCCGCACCUCGCCGACCUCCUGGCGGACGCCCGCUACAG